CCCGUCCCAAACUGUUGCCUUUGCAAGCGCCAAUUCCACAAACCGCUAAUUACGCAAACCCAUCCUCCAGGGAGCCGCCCCAGAUGAAAAAAAACCCAAGCAAGAAACAUCUAGCACAACAUGGCCCCCAAGAUUUCUCUUUCCAACGUCCCCGUUCCCUACGCAUACUCGAAGCGCAUCAGCGAAGACGGGCACGUCUACCACGCCGACCACGCCACCCGCACCACCUCGUGGCUCCACCCCGGCAAGCUCAAGGCGCUCCAGGACGCGGGCGUCGUCGGCGCCGCCCCGGGCCUGCCCGACUUUGUCAAGGACCCGCGCGCCGGCGGUGUGCCCGCGCCCGUGCCCGCGCCGUGGGAGGCCAGGGAGGGGCGCGAGCCCGGGGAGGUCGAGUACCGCAACCGCGACACGGGGGCCGUCGAGGGCAUCCACCCCGACGCGGCGGCGCUCGCGCGGAACCGCGGCGGCCGCGAGGUGGCGACAUCUACGCUCCUGCCCUGGGAUGACAAGGGCAUGGCCGAGGAGGCGGACGUUUACCUGGCAAGGGGCGAGCUGCCGCCGUGGGUGCUCGAGGAGACGACCGCCCCGCCAGCGGGGAGCGGGCUGAAGCCGGAAGUGUACUGGGUCAAUUACAGGACUGGCUUGAAGAGGGAGGGCCAGAGCCCGUUGCAGGAGUUUAACGAGGGGAUGCUGAUUGCAAGGCAGAGGGCACUGGGACUGCCGGUUUCAACACGGGGCCCAGUUCGCAAUAUAAAGUUGUAGCAGCAUGGAAAGAGGCUGCAAAUUGCCGCUCGUUUCUUGUGACUAAGAAGUGAAGCUUGGGAACGCGCACGCUGAUGUGGACCAAAAAAGUAGAAGCCAUGCUGAAAUCUUUAAGCUUGUUUACAAUUCAUUCCA